AUCCAGCCUACCGAGGGGCUGGAGAUGGCCAGACUGACGGAGAGAGAGGCGAGGAGGCAGCAGCAGCAGCAUCCCCCGCAGCAGCAGCAGCCCCGAGCCUGCCCCAUGAGCGGCCCCGAGCCCCCUGCUCAACAAUCAGACAGUAUGAAGGACCUGGACGCCAUCAAAUUGUUCGUGGGGCAGAUUCCUCGUAACCUGGAGGAGAAAGACUUGAAGCCUUUGUUCGAGCAGUUCGGCAAGAUCUACGAGCUCACAGUGCUGAAAGACCGAUACACAGGCAUGCACAAGGGCUGUGCCUUUCUUACAUACUGCGCCAGAGAUUCCGCCAUCAAAGCACAAACAGCUCUCCACGAACAGAAGACUCUUCCAGGGAUGGCACGUCCCAUCCAGGUGAAGCCGGCAGACAGCGAGAGCCGAGGGGGUGAUCGCAAGCUAUUUGUGGGGAUGCUUAGCAAACAGCAAUCUGAAGAGGAAGUGACCAGCAUGUUCCAGGCUUUCGGGUCAAUCGAGGAAUGUUCUGUACUACGAGGUCCUGAUGGGAGCAGCAAGGGAUGCGCUUUUGUCAAGUUCUCAUCACAUGCAGAGGCUCAAGCAGCAAUACAAGCACUCCAUGGAAGUCAGACCAUGCCUGGGGCUUCAUCCAGCCUGGUUGUCAAGUUUGCUGACACAGACAAGGAAAGAACGCUGCGACGUAUGCAACAAAUGGUUGGUCAGCUGGGAAUCUUUACACCCUCCUUGGCACUUCCCAUUAGUCCAUACAGUGCAUAUGCACAAGCACUCAUGCAACAGCAGACAACAGUACUGUCCACUUCACAUGGCAGCUACUUGAGUCCUAGUGUGGCAUUUCCGUCCUGCCACAUUCAGCAGAUUGGAGCAGUCAAUUUGAAUGGGCUCCCGGCUGCACCCAUUACUCCAGCAUCAGGACUACAUUCUCCCCCUGUCAUUGGUACUGCAGCUGUUCCUGGCCUGGUCGCCCCAUUAACCAAUGGUUUUCCUGGACUUGUACCUUUUCCCAGCAGUCACCCUGCUCUGGAUACUAUAUACACUAACAGUAUUGUGCCAUAUCCUGCCCAGAGUCCUGCUCUGACGGUGGAGAGUUUGCACCCAUCAUUUACAGGGGUACAGCAGUAUUCAGCAAUUUAUCCAACUGCAGCCCUUACUCCAGUGACACACAGCACCCCACAACCACCUCCCAUCCUGCAGCAACGGGAAGGGCCAGAGGGCUGUAACCUUUUCAUUUAUCACCUGCCCCAGGAGUUUGGGGACAACGAAUUGACACAAAUGUUCCUGCCUUUUGGAAAUAUAAUCUCCUCCAAGGUGUUUAUGGACCGAGCAACAAAUCAGAGCAAGUGUUUUGGUUUUGUCAGUUUUGAUAAUCCAUCCAGUGCUCAAACAGCCAUUCAAGCCAUGAAUGGCUUCCAGAUAGGCAUGAAGAGGCUGAAAGUCCAGCUAAAGAGGCCUAAGGACACAACCCAACCAUACUGACCAUCUGCACCCCAUGGGUCCAAGGGGCCCAAUCCAGUCAUACAGGUACACAAAGGACCUUUGACCCCUGAAUCCUUUCCUAGAGGAUUAUGGGAAACAAGACUUUUAACUACUAAACCCUCCCAUCCACCCUCAAGCCUCUUGAUCUUUUCCCCCACCUACCCCCAAGGACCAAAAUAUGGCAGUGGGGGUGAGCAGAAAGGACCAAGCUACCUAAACACCAAGGGUGUGUCUUGUGAGUGUUCUAUGUCUGUCUGCUGAAUGCCCUGGGGCCGUUGCUAUUUAUGAAAUGAACUAGCACCCAAUGAACCCCCUUCCAAGCGACCAAAGGGGGGAGGUACUGGGCAUUCCUCAUGAAAGAGACACUUGGGAGUGGCAACCCACCUCCCCCCCAUCAACAUGGCUACAGAUUUGCAGUGCGAAGAACUAUCUGUUUAUUAUUUAUAUGAACAUAUUUAUUUAUUGGGGAGGCUUAGUUUACCCCUACACACCCCUUUCUGCUGCCUGAUGGGCUUGGAAGGUGAGGUGGUGGGGUUAUAGCAUCUUUAUAUUUUUGUCUCUUUUCAAUUUUCUGUUUGCGGAGGACAGGGUGUUCUGGGUGGACAGGAAUUGAGGAGAGCAGAGUUCAAAGGUCAUGUUUACAAAGACCCUUUUCCCCCAUUUCAGGGCCAAACAACAUUCUCUGCUGCUCUUACCCCUGGCCUCCACAGAAAAAGGGCUGGACUAUUUAAUCCGCUCCAAACCUUGCUCCGCAACAUUCCUAGCCAGGAAAGAGUUAACUCUACCAGUGUUGCUAAGCUGGGAGAAUCUGCAGGGUGAAACUGGAUCUGCUGGUCAUAUCUCCAUCACCUCCACACAGAGUAUUAUGCCUCUCUUUCUCUCUUUCUUGGGCUAAUUAACAGGUUAAAGGGUCUCUUGUCACUCACUAACUUGAGGGUCCAGAUACUUCAUAUCACAAAGAAGCUGCCUGCGCCUGCAUGAAGCAGAAAUGUGCUGCACUGCAUAAGAGUACUGAGUAUCUUUCCAUAUGCUGCUCUCCUGUUUUCUAACCUCUAGUAUGUGCUUACCCCUUCCUUUCAAAUGACAUACAUUCAAGUAUUAGGGCAAGGUGGAAGAAAAAGAUGUUUGAUAUCUGGGACAAUUUUAGAUAUCUGGAGAUAUUUAGUUGGAAGGAGAAUAUUGACGUCUGUGGCAUACACAUGCAGUGUGAAGUCUUUCCUAUAAAAUAAGGUUAGCUGAUAUUCCCCUUAAAUUCCCCUUAAAUUCUUAUAAGGUUUUUCUUAGCAGUUUGCAAAGUUGAAAUGGCCCAAUUAUCUCUGUUUUCAUAUAUUCACGUGGCACGUUAGAAAAUGAAAAGGGGGCUUGUGCAGUGGCGAAUGGAGAACAAGUUAAAAGAAUACUGGCCUUUAAAGGAAAUUAUAGUUUGCCACUGCUGCUUCUUUAUUGAUACAAUUAAUUGAAUAUGUUGUAGCAUUCUUAAACAUUUAAGAAACAAAACAUAAGAUAUUUGAAGCUGAAGGUAGGAACAAUCAUCUCUUGCACUGAGAGCAUUCUAAUCUCUUAAAGGGGUAGUGUACACAUUCAGUUCAGUGAUUAGGGCUUGUGCUGAACAUCAUUUUUACUUAUUGUUUUAAUCAUUAAAAAUCUAUGGCUUUAGUUACUUAUUAGCUAAAAAGGGCAAACAGGGAAACUGAACCUACUCCAUGGUGGAUUCUUGAUAGAUAAUUCAAUUGCCACUAUAUAAGCCACCUAACUUGAACAUUUGUUGUGACUGUUCUGUAAACAGACUGUAUCUGCACACUGGUAUUUUACCAAGGACCAAUCAUAGAGUAGCUUUAGUUUCCCAAUUUGACAUGUUUAGCUUAAGAAGUUCCAAAAAAUCGGUUUUUGGUGAUUAAAUAAUAUGCAAAAAGUAAACUUAAUGCAAGUCCAUUCAUUAUACUAAUGUUGAACAAGGAUAUAUACUAUCCAUUUAAAUUGAAGAAGCACAGAACAAAAUAGUAAGCCAUUUAACUAUUUAAUAAGAUCACAUCCAGACUGAAAAUAUUGAUACAUUUUCACCACUCUCUCAGCAUAUAAGAGAGGUCAGUCACAGGAGCCAAAUCUCUCUCCUGUGCAAUUCAGUCAUCAGUCAUGGUUCCAGUGAUAACCAUUUUUUUCAUGAAUAUUGCUGAUUAUUGAACAUAAUAUGUGUCUAAAGUCAGAGUAUGACAAUAGAUUAUGUGAUACAGUGAUGCUCAAUAUUACUUGAAGGGACUCCAUCCAACUUGUGGGCCUUUAGCUGGUGCACCGUGAUUUUUGCAAUUGUUUGAUGUACAAAGUGAGCAUUAGUGCGUGUGUUCCCAAAUUGCGCACAAGCCAACCAAUUAGAAAACAUGAAAAAUUGCCCCUGUAUGGAUAGCUUUAGAGCAAUGUUUGGGUCUCAAGCUCCUCUUUAAUGGUCAGCACUUUGCUGCCCCUCACCUAAAUAUUGAGGUACAUUUGGAAUCAUUCUGUAGUUCGACAUAGACUGCACAGUAAGUGUUGAAUAUGAAUACAUAUGAAUCCAGCUCUCUGACAUGUUCAGUUGGCCCUUUAUGUAUAUGUUUUAUGAGAACUCAUGUAAUUCAGUUACCAUUUAAUCUUACAUAGGCUAUCUUGUCUCCAGAAAAGGAUUAUCAGCUUCAGGGGUAAAAAUAUUCUGUACAUGCUGUUUAGUAUAUUUACCAAAACUGUGGUUGAAUUUAAAAAUAGUCAGAAGUUUUCAGCUGUAUUUGCCUUUAAGGUGGUCCAGAGAAUUCUUUAAAAAAAAUAGUGCAUAAAAACAUUAAUUAUUCAUAUUGUUAUAUAAAAGAGCAUAUGCUGGGGGGCAGUUAUUACAGUUAUUAAUUAUUAACAUGUAUUUAUAAAGUGCCAAAAUAUUCUGCAGCCCUUUAUAACAGAAGGGUUUAUAUAUAAAAGCCCUCAGUCAAUAUGGCUUAUCUGAAAGGUUUUCCCUUCCAGUCACAUUAGUAAGGUAAAAUAGUUUGGCUGUAAUUGUUGUUCAUGUUUUCCAAUAAUUUUACCUAUAUAUCUCCAAGCCCUGUGCUCUUUCAUAUAACAGUAACAUGUUGCCUGGAGUCAAGAGUCAACUGGGAUUACACAAGCUUCCAUAAAAGAAAUGCAGUAAACCUAGUAAAACUGUAAAGGCAAGAGGUUUUGAACGUGCCAUUGUUUCAAUCAUUCUCACAUAAUAAUAACUUGAAAAAUAAUAUCAGCAAGGGGAACUGUGGGAAGUGUUGUUUAUGGGCUGGCACCCAAAGAUGACUGCUGUAUUUGCAGCCAGCCCUGAGCUAAAACAACAUCAAAGAGACCAAGUUUCAGAGAAUUAAUGCCACCAAAUGCUUUUGACUUAGAAGUGGCAGCCAACCCAGAUAUAAUAGGCUCUUUACAUCUGUGGUCACUUGUAAAUACCAUUUUUAUACUUCAAACAUUCCUUGUCUCAGAUGUGAGAAGAAGCCUUUAUAAAGCACAAGCAAGAGGAGUGAAGUGGGUUUAAGGGAGUCAUUUACCUUCCCCCAUUCCUUUACCAUAUUUUUAGGUUGAGUAUACCAAUAGUCUUUCUCCCUUGGCCAUACCACAGUGUAGGGUUAUUUAGUUAUCAUGGCUGGAUAACCUUCUCACAUGUAUAUAGUCUCUGGAAUGCAAAAUAAGUGCAUAGAACUAUAUAGUUCAGAGACUCUACAUAACGUUUACACUAUGAGAAUUACCAUAUACUCAGAACUCGUAGCCCCCCCCCCUUCACUACAGAAAGGCAUAAUCUUUAUACAUGUAAGCAGGGCCCCAAUAUUAGCACCCUACUUUUCUCCCAGGGAAGCAAUUAUACUGCAGGUGGCAGCUAAACUACAAUAUUGCCAUUCUGUACAGAAAAAAAAUCUUUCUAAAAUGGAAAAUAUAUUUGUAUGUACUGAAUAAUUUCUGUUACAUUCCAUAAAUAGAGAGUAAAAUAUAAGACUGUGACGCAUUGUGUGUACAAAACAUAGUGAUAUUUGUACAUGAGUGAGAACUGUCAUAUUGUAUGUUUGAGCCAAUUCAUAGAUAGCAUGAUAAGAGCAACCCUACUGCCAAAAAGGGUGCCUUUAAUAUUGCCCUAACCAAGGCAAAAAGCAGUAAAGGCACUUCCACUCAUAGGUGCAAAUAGAAGCAGAUGGCUUCAUUUACUGCUGUCUCCUUUGAAUAAAACCAAUGGGAGAAAGCUACACAAAAAUAGAUGGAGUAUACAUACCCUGUCCCAGAAAGCUAAAGCACAUUGCAGUCUCUUCCCAGUUAGAGAUGCCAGUCUGCAUCCCUCAGUGAAGGGCCUGAAGCGUUAAGUAACAUGCCAUUUUCCACAUCAGUUCCCCAAGGCCCAGCUCAGUCAGGGUGUGUGGACUGAAUCAUAUAAUUUUAACAUAAAGGAAAUCUAUUUAUAAGCAAGAAAUAUAGAAAGUAUUGAAGACAGCAAACUAGAAGUCAGAACAGGUCAGUGUUGUAGAAGGUUAGAGAAACAUAUCCUGAUAUCUUUAAAGAAAAAAUGAGAGUUAUGCACCAGGCGAGCCACACGUUGCUCCAUGCUUAGGUUUGGAUACGACUGUGCCAUGUGGUUAAGCUCUUUUUCUUCAUCACAGCUUCUGCAUACCUCGCCCAAGCUGCACAUCCCUGUUAAAGGUGUAUUCCAUACAGAAUAUCAAGGUGUUGAGAAGACCUGCUGUUUACGAAA